UUGAGAGAUUCGAAUAUUAUAUCCGAAAAUUCAACGCAGGUAUAGAAAUCGUUUAAGCUGUAAGGGGACCGAGCCCCCGAGUAACAGCUGUAUAGUAGAGACCUUUUGAAGGUUACUUUGGAGAAGACAGCUCAGUAGACGCCGAAAUUCGACAGUGAACAGAUGAUCUAUGAAUUUAGUGUGUGCCGAUUUCGCAGAAUAAUAUUUUUUUGGCAGUGGAUUUUUAAUCAACUGUUUGUAAAAUGAGUGCGGAGCUAAAGGGCGUAUUCUGUAAUAACAGUAGCAAAGCUAAAAUCAUACUUUUUAACGAUACAAUUUUGGAGAAAUGCAAGAUUUUAAAAAUUCGUGUGACUUAUAAACUUAAGUACAAAGAACUGAUUCUACCAACAACUUCAGACCAAACCAACGGGUAUCACGCUAAUUGCUACAGUAAUUUUACGGCUAUCAAGAAAAAGUACAUUGAGAUGUUUAGUGAAUUAGUGAAAUCACAGCAAUCUGAAAAUGCAGUACCAGAAUCCGACCGCGUGAAUUACGAAUCCACUGCUUUCUCUUCUGAUAGCCAAGCUGCUACGUCUUGUCAGCCAAGUACGAGUGCGGCAGGUAAAAAUUAUAUUUUGUUAUGUAUAAAAAUUUGUGUAGAAUUGUAUGCCGAGAGAGCCACGAAAUGA